CGGCACUGCAAAAAAGAAUAGAUUAUAUUGAAUGAAAAGGAAGCCAAUUUUGUAUUAUCUGUGUGGAAAGAGACCAAUUCGAAGGAGAUAGCACCAUUCGUCCGUUUUUUUUUCUUAUUUUUUAUUGCAUGGAAUGUGAAGCAUCCUCUUUGGCACUGCCGCUGCUGACACAGUCUAGCAAGUGCCAGUCGGUUCACAGCAGAUUGUCCACUAGGAGAGGAGCCUUUGCAUUUUCCCCACCCAUCACAGGAUCGUUCCUUUGGGGAGUUCCCGCCGCAGAGGAAGCACCUUACUUCGGGUAGGUUAGCACACUGAGUGAGCUCUUCCGUGCAAAGGAGUACACAGAUCGGGAACGACCACAGCUGCGGCGCGACAGAAGGGAAACACUCGCAAUAAGUGAGCAGCUCCCGCUUCAUCUCGUUCUACGGAAGGUGAAAAAAUAGCCACUCAGACGUGCGUAUCUUAGGAAAGCCGUAGGGGAAAUUUCAACAAUUGGUGCAAGUGCGAGCAAAAGGAUAAUUACCAUUUUGGGAAUAGCUGCACACGAAAGGGCAACUUUCAAAAUUGAAGGCCCCGGCGUACCGCUUUGACUGCCCUUUUUGGAGACCAAUUUUGGCAUACACACAAACGUAACGUAGAAAAUGCUGGGAAUACAGGAAGGACGGGCAUUCUUCAAUGCCGCAAGAAACCCCAACAACAGACCCGAAAACAACAUCCGCAUUGAGGACAACCUACCAAGUCUGAACGAAGUGUAUAAUUAUUUCCAGGACUUUCUCUCGAGGUACUCAUCAAACACGCUGAAGGAAGGAAAUUUGAAGAGGACUCUUUUUGAAAAUGUGAAAAAUAAUAAUUUCACCCUCGAUUUGAAGUUGGACGAUAUAUACAAACAACAGACGGUAUUUGAAAAUAAUGAAAUUAGUGCAACUCCCAUUUCGGAGAGGAAGAUGAAGAAGCCAGAGAAUUACUCUGCCAUUUUGGCUAGGGCCCUGUCCGAAAGGCCUCUAACAUAUCUGCCUACUGUUGAGCGUGUGUGUUACGAAGUGUGCGAAACUGCCAACAUACUAAAUGAUGAAGAUGAGCACUUGAAUUAUAUUCAAAUUAAUUUGUUAAAUACGUUCAUUAGGCCCACACCUAUUAGGGGUCUCCUAGCAGCUACUCAAGAAAGGUUUGUAGUAGUUCCAGGAAUUAUUGUGCAGGCGAGUAAACCACAGCAUAAGAUGAGGAAAAUUACUCUCCAGUGCAGGUACUGUGACCAUAAAAUGUCUAUCGAUGUGCCCUUGUGGAAAGAUAAACCUCAGCUGCCACCCUAUUGUAGAUACUCCUCCACCAUGAAAUCUUCCAUGGGUGUUGCCAACCCGAUGGACAAUCAGCUGGGAUGCAAUGGGGUCCUAGAACCGUAUGUGAUUCUUCCAAACGAAUGCACCUUCGUUGAUAUACAAUCACUGAAGAUGCAAGAAUUGCCGGAGGCCGUUCCGACUGGAGAUAUGCCAAGACAUUUGCAAUUAAAUGCUACCAGAUAUUUAUGCGAAAAAAUGAUUCCUGGGGAUCGAGUGUACGUUCAUGGAGUUCUCACUUCCUACAAUCCAAACCCUAAACCUACCAGGGCAGAUGGAACGAACUUUUCCUAUCUCCAUGUCUUAGGCUUCCAAAAGUACGAUGACAUGACAGGCAAUGAUUUAAAUUUUGAUGUUGAAGAAAGAAAUGAAUUAACCUUACUGGCAGCUGAACAUGAUAUACAUGAAAAGAUAUUUAAGUCUGUCGCUCCGGAACUUUACGGAAUGGACGAAGUGAAGAAGGCUUGUGCGUGUUUACUCUUUGGAGGUACUCGCAAGCGAAUUGGAGAGGAAACCAAAAUCAGGGGAGACAUCAACAUGCUGAUGCUUGGAGAUCCCUCAGUUGCAAAGUCGCAAAUUUUAAAAUUCGUAAAUCGAUGUGCCCCUGUUUCGGUUUAUACAUCUGGAAAGGGUAGCAGUGCAGCGGGGUUAACUGCAGCUGUUAUGAGGGACAGUCAGGGGGUUUUCUCUUUAGAAGGUGGAGCCAUGGUUUUGGCUGACGGGGGAGUGGUCUGCAUAGACGAGUUUGACAAAAUGAGAGAUGAUGAUGUGGUGGCUAUACACGAAGCUAUGGAGCAACAAACCAUUUCCAUUUCCAAGGCAGGAAUUACUACCAUGCUGAAUAGCAGAUGCUCCGUCAUCGCUGCAGCCAAUCCGUCCUUUGGAUCCUAUGAUGAUUCACAAGAUACCACAGAUCAGCAUGAUUUUAAAACCACCAUUUUGUCUCGAUUUGACAUUAUAUUUUUGUUACGUAAUAAACAGGACAUCGAAAAGGAUACCCUUCUGUGCAACCACAUUGUCGCCUUGCAUGCGUCAAAGCAUAAGUCGCAGGAGGGGGAGAUUUCUCUUUCCAAGCUGACUAGAUUUAUUCAGUACGCCAAGAAGGAAAUCGCCCCUCUGCUGUCCAAGGAGGCCAGGGACUCCCUGCGCAAUUUCUACGUGCAGACUAGAGCGGAGUACCGGGGGGACAGGCGCUCCGUCACGAAGAAAAUUCCCAUCACCCUGCGCCAGCUCGAGUCGCUCAUUCGGUUGGCGGAGAGCUUCGCCAAAAUGGAGCUUUCCCAGUUCGCCACGGAGAAGCACGUGCAGAUGUCCAUCGACCUCUUCUCGGCCUCCACCGCCGAAACGGCGAAGCAGUGCCUCAUUUUCGAGACCAUGUCCCCCUUGGAGCAGAAGGCCGUGAAGCAAGCGGAGGAUGCCAUACUGGGACGACUCGGGAAGGGCCAGAGGGCCUCGCGGGUGAACUUAUUCAGGGAGCUGCAGCUAAGAGGGUUCGACCGAUCGGCUUUAUCCAAGGCCCUGGCCAUCCUCAUCAAGAAGGGGGAACUCCAGGAAAGAGGCGACCGUUCCGUCAGACGCUGCUAA